UUGAUAGAAAAGUGUUGGGGAAAAGUACCGUGGCUAAAAACUUCGAAAAAAUGGAAAAACUAACUGUUGUCUCUACAUUAUUCAUGAAUUUGCUGAAAAAAUAAGGAACAAACGCGAUGGAUUUGCCUCUUCUCUCCUCGAAGCCAUUUUCACACUGACAAUGGUUUGGAGGAAGGAAAAAGAUAAACCCGAUUUUCUCGCAAUUCCAUUGAAAGUAAAUUUACUCAUGGAGAAGGGAGCAGCGAGUCGGGAGUCAUGAGCACAGGUGUGAAGAAGCCUCCAUUAGCUCCCAAACCUAAACUCCCCACCACCACAACCAAACCACCUAUUGCCCCCAAACCCGGUCCGCUUUCCCAGUCCUUAGUGGUCUCCCAGACCUCCCCAUCCACUCUCAAGAGGCCCAAACCAGCUGUUGCCCCCAAACCAUGCCUUCCCAAAUACGCCGCCUCCGCUCCGUCUGUCUCAGCGCUGCCUCCCAAACCCACCAAACCCCUUAAUCUCUCCCAGGAGCACCAACGGGCUUCUGAUGACAACCUGUGUCAUCUCAACUCCAAGAAUGGGAUUUUCCCGGAGACCUGCGGACGUGAAUCGGAUUAUAUUAUUUCCACCUGUUCCUGUGACGGGCUCGAGGACUGCUCGCAGGAAAACGAAAAUCCAGCCGAGGCCGGAGCUGACUUCGAGCCAGAGGCGUUGCAGAACGGCGUUUACACAGAGGGAAUGCCGAAAGAAGGAGGGGAAAACCAGGAGAGGGCAACAGCCGUUGAUAAGGUUGGGCGGAUUAGCAAAAAGCCAAGGGAUAAACCUCAGAGACAGAGACACUUAGACCGGGGAUUGGCUAACAAAGAGAGGACCGAGGAGCGGAGGGAGGAGGAAAAACAUGAAGUAGAAGCUGUUGCAGAGGCUGUUGUUUCACAUGAUGCAACGCUGACGGAGGCACGAAGGACAGACCUGACAGACUCUACGUCAGCCUGUGAUGUUGCAGGCAACAUCAACGUCUUGACAAAUAUCCCUUCUCAUGAUCCCUCUGCAGCAUAUGUCAGUAAUUCAUCUCUGUUCCAGUCUCAACCCGAUCUACAAGUCCCUGCUGCUCCCAGUAAGCCUCUCCCUGUCCCCCACCCACGUAAACUCAGAAAGCCAGCCCUGGUGAGGCAGGAUGGAGUGGAGGGUGGUGUCCAGGAUCAGGUGGCGGAGGAUCAAAAUUCAGGGCAUGAAAUGCAGGAAGCUGAGGGAAACCUGAGUCUGCCUGGUCUUCCUCUCAGGUCAAAGGGUGAGGAGCUCAAACGGGACACGUGUGAGGACUCAGAAACCCUGACAGAUUUGUGUUUGGGACAUUUAGAGACUGACGUUCCUGUGCCGCCUCCCAGACAGACCUCCCUCUCGCCCUGUCUACACAGAACUGUCUACUCUCCGCUAAAUAAAAACACCUCCUACUCCUUAGAUCUGCUGUCCCAGCCCGACUGCGAGAGCCUGCAGGUGGAGAAGCAGCAGCUGCAGGAGGACGAGGAAGACGUGUACGGUGACUUUGAGCGGUACCCGAUAACUCACAGCCUCCCCAAACAGAUCAGACUGGGCUCCCCCCCUCCGAUGGCCAGUAGCAGGAGAUCCUUCUCCAGUGAGGAUCAUCAGUCACCAAGGUCACCGCCGAGGAAGCCUCAGAGGCACAGCCUGCCCGCACCGCCCCCACCCUCCAUCUGCCCGCCUGCUCCUCCACAUGCCAGCACCCCGAUGAGGGAGCUGCCCGCACCUCCUCAAGAGAAAACUGCCUGGCGCUUCGCGCGACCUUCUGUGACUUUUUUCAGCCGACAGAUGCCCACCAGGAGUAGCGUGCCGCCAAAAGGCCGGGCCCCUUUGCUGGGGGGCAAGCAGAGGGCCCAGUCCUUUUCUGCGGCCGACCUGGCAACCCGGGCCAGCUCUCAAAAGAGGAUCCUCUCCUUCCGCAAGCUGCUGGAGCUCCGGCUGUCCGUGAAGAUGCUGCCGAAGCUGCUGGCCAAGGGGGGGCAGUCCUUGGACUGUACCAGCAUGGAUUCAAACGGGGGGGGCGAGAGCCUGGUGAGGCCCAGCAGCUGCAUAGAGGAUGCCAGUAUUUGUGGAGACGGUGUGGAGGAAUCGAGGGAGUAUGAGAACAUGCCGUUGUAUGAGGUGAUCCCGGAGUACAUGAACCUGCCGUUUCACAGCGCCAGGCCGGGGUGGUCACAUGAUCUGGAGGACGCAGAUUCAGACAUCUACGAAGUGCAGGACCCCUGUCACGGAUGCCACGAGUAUGAGAGCGGCUGGCCGAGGGAGGAUGUCCACUCUGAGGAGGAGGAGGAGAUGCACAGCUCAGACGAGGAGGAAAACAGCUCCACCUCCAGUAAGGAGCACCUGGACGAAGCCGACAGACAGCAGGAGGAUGAGAGGAAGAGAAAGAAGGUGGUGCACAUCGCCCAAGAAAUCAUGAGCUCAGAGAAAGUGUUUGUGGACGUCCUGAAGCUCCUGCACAUAGACUUCCGAGAUGCUGUUGCCAAGGCGACUCGACAGAACGGGAAGCCGGUGGUGGAUGAGCGGGUCCUCAGUCAGAUCCUGUACUACCUGCCUCAGCUGUAUCAGCUCAACAAAGACCUGCUCAGGGAGUUGGAGGAGAGAGUGGCACACUGGAGCGAGCACCAGAGGCUGUCGGACAUAUUUGUUCAGAAAGGUCCGUACCUGAAGAUGUACUCCACCUACAUCCGCCAGUUUGACAACAACGUGGCUCUGUUGGACGAGCAGUGCAGGAAGAACCCUGCGUUUGCUGCAGUUGUCAGAGAAUUUGAGAUGAGUCCGCGGUGUGCAAGUCUAGCUCUGAAACACUACCUGCUGAAACCAGUACAGAGGAUCCCUCAGUACCAGCUGUUGCUCACAGAUUAUCUGAAGAAUCUUCCAGAAGACUUAGAGGAUUAUAAAGACACACAAGCGGCGCUCAGCAUCGUGAAGGAAGUAGCCAACCACGCCAACGAUAUAAUGAAACAAGGGGAUAACUUUCAGAAGCUGAUGCAGAUUCAGUACAGUCUGAACGGUCAGCAGGAGAUCGUGCAGCCGGGCCGGGUGUUUCUGAAGGAGGGGACGCUGAUGAAACUGUCCAGGAAGGUCAUGCAGCCGCGCAUGUUUUUCCUGUUUAAUGAUGCACUCAUGUACACCACUCCAGUCCAGUCUGCCCAGUACAAACUCAACAGUGUUCUGUCUCUAGCUGGGAUGAAGGUGAGUAAGCCGAGUCAGGAGGCUUAUCAGAACGAGCUGAACAUCGAAAGCGUCGAACGCUCCUUCAUCCUGUCUGCCAGCUCAGCUAAAGAGAGAGACGAGUGGCUGGAGGCCAUCGGCAAGGCCAUCGAUGACUACACCAAGAAGAAAAUCACUUUUAUAUCAAGUCGAAGUCAGGAAGAGGCGGAGGGCGUUGUCGAUAGUGGAGCUCCUCUAGGAUCCAAAGCUCCAAUCUGGAUCCCUGACCUGAGGGCCACCAUGUGUAUGAUCUGCACCUGUGAGUUCACUCUUACCUGGAGGAGGCAUCAUUGUCGCGCCUGUGGAAAGGUGGUGUGUCAGGCCUGCUCAGCCAAUAAGUACUACCUGGAGUACCUGAAGAACCAACCGGCUCGUGUGUGUGAUCACUGCUUUGCCAAGCUGCAGGAGAACAGCGACCGCUGUGCUUCAGCAUCAACGUCUCCAAUCAAACCUGGAGCGUUCUCCUUCACCCGGAAACAGAAGAAGAUUCCUGCAGCACUAAAGGAGGUGUCUGCAAACACAGAAAACUCCUCCAUGAGUGGCUACUUAAACAGGUCAAAGGGCAACAAGAAGCAGUGGAAGAGGCUGUGGUUCGUCAUUAAGAAUAAAGUCCUGUACACCUACGCUGCCAGUGAGGACGUGGCGGCGCUGGAGAGCCAGCCUCUGCUGGGCUUCUUCCUGCGGGAGGAGAAGAACGGCCCGGCCCAGAAGCUCCAGUUCAAGCUGUAUCACAAAAACACGCUGUUUUAUAUCUUCAAGGCUGACGACAUCCCCACAGCACAGAGAUGGAUCGAAGCCUUCCAGGAGGCCAUGAUUCUUGAACAGUAGUCACGUUGAGGCAGUGAAGAGGAUCUGAAUGGACGUCCAGGGUCGGCCGAUGGACCACAUCCAGGUUCAGCAGCUCAGGAAGGAUCCAGGUGGGAGGGAUUCCAAACUGAACGCAGAAGCAUGACUGCUUUCCCCGCAGAGACGUUUCAAACCAACUGCAGCUUCUGAUGUUAUUCUUUCGGACUGAGAUCGUAGCUAAGACUGGGUCAGAGGUCAACUCCAGGAGCGUGUGUGAAUGUGCAGGAGAUCUAUCUUUGGAGGUUUGGAAAUGAUUCUUAAAGGCUUUCAGGUGUGUGGAACCAUUUUUGACCCACAGGAUUUUAAACACGGUUCCUUCAGAACGAUUUUAGCAGAGUUUAUAUAACAAAGCAGGAUUUUACUGUGAAAAUCAGGCACAGAAACAGGAAGUUGAUCACCUGUUGUUCGUGUUCGUCUUUUGUUGAAAGAUUUUACACGGAGAAGUUUUCAAAAGUUUCAUUAUCAUCAUUUAAAAACAGACAUCCUGGAUACGACUGGAACGAUCACACAUCCUAUAGAUAUAAACACAGCAUGAACGUUUUUAGCCUGUUUAACCAAACCAGAAAGGGUUAACAGGAAAUAAAUGCACAUAAAAGUACACCGCUGAUCUGUUUUUUUCUUGUUUUUUCAAAGAUGAGAGCUAAUAUUUAUAAGAUAUGAAGAUUUAUUGUUGGAAAAGCGCAGGCUGCCACGUAUUUAGAGUCAGAGUUGUUACAAAAAUGAUCAAAGUCAUUAUUUGACUUUUGUUUGUUUGGGUUGUUUUUUACAAGUAAACACUGUGGAAAGUUGUCAUGAAUUGUAUUUCUUAAGUAAUGCUCAGCAGACAAAAACAUGUAAAAAACUCAUUUUCUUUUACAGACAUUGAGCCUUGUUCUGUUUUGAGAAAAAAUGAAAUGUUUUGUGUUUCGGUAUCAAAUGUCGCAUCAGCUCAUUUUCUUGGUACUCCGAUGUUACGACCCAGGCUGCCUACAGCUGUAACGUCAGAUGUUAUACAUUAAAAUGAACAGAAGCUUCUUGAAGUUUCAGAAGUCUGUAAGGAUGCUGAUUUAGAAACCCUAAAUUCAUACCGUGUGUGGCUAAACAAAUGCUCGUCGUUAGACCUGUUCGGCCAUCUCUGAUGAUGAGAAGAAAAUCUGCUGCAGUCUGAAGCAUUUCUCCAUGAUUGUACGUUAACACUUGUAAACACUCUGACCUAGUCUCUUUUGAACAGCAUUUUUAAACUGUCAGGCAACAGUUCCUAAUAAAAUAUCUGUAAAUCA